GGAAAUGACGGUCAAUCGGGUGGAGGCGACGGUCAGAGUUCCAGAAUUGAUAAAAUAUUUGGCGGAUGGCUAUCGGUUCGGAUCAAUGAUCACAAAGAACUCGUUCCUAUUAUUAAGACUGUCUAUCAGUGGAAUAUAACUAAAAGUGGAAAAAUAAUUACUGUUUGGACGCUGGACCUCAAGAAUGGUGGCGGAGCCGUAUAUAAGGGCAGUCCCAACACUGGAAAGGCUGACUGCACUCUCACUAUCGACGAAGAGAGUGCUGUCAACGUGUUUGAGGGUCGCGAAGACGCUAUGAAAGCCUUUAUGGGAGGAAAAUUGAAAAUAGCCGGUAAUAUAAUGGCCGCACAAAAGUUACAACAACUUUGGUCAGAAGAAGCCCCGCGAGGAUCGGUUUCUCUGGACAAACAACCAAAUGUAUCACCGAAUCAAUCAUCAAAUAAUUUGGAAGAUUCGGCACUUUUAGAGUCUGUACCCGUCUCUGGCCUCAAAUGUGAUAUCGUUUUUACGAAUCGUAUGCACGAAGAGCCGGAUAUUGUCCGAAAGCUUAGAGUUGUCUUUCAGUUUAAUAUAACUAUUGAUGGAAAGCAUAGAACCACUUGGACCUGUGAUAAUAAGUCGAAACCGGAGGGAGACGUAUAUAUAGGCCCUCCGAAGGGUGGGAAAGCCGACUGCACUGUUACCGUCGAAGACGAUGACUUUCUUAAGCUGAUGGUCGGGAAAUUGAAUCCACAGCGGGCAUUUAUGAUGGGAAAGCUUAAGAUCAAAGGCAAUAUAAUGCUUCUCCAGAAACUCAACUCAUUAUGGCUCGACUUACAAAAGGCAGGAAAAGCGCCGGAAUUGCCGUUUUUAACAGAUAUGAUGCUUAAGACGAGUGUAAUUCCGGGCCUCAAAAGUGAAUCAAUGAUUGUUGAAUUGGUUCAACGAUUGGUACGUUUGCCUCAACUCUACACUCAAGUGCCGACACUUAUUGGCUUUGAUAUCACAAAAGAUAACAAAUCUGUUUCCAAAUGGACACUGGAUUUCACUAAAAACAAGUUGACGGGAGUGUUCGAGAGGGGAUUGCCUGACAAAAAGCAUUGCAUUUUAACCAUAGAUGACGAUGACUUCGUCCGACUCACCUUCAAUCGCAUUCAAUUGCAAAACUGCAUUUCGAGCGGACGGAUCAAAAUAGAUGGCGAUAAAAGUGUGGCCCAAAAGAUCAACAUUUUGUUCACUACUCCGACCGCUAAAUCCAAACUUUGAGAAUUUUAUAGCUUUAUAUGAGUUAUGUUUUAUCAAUACUUUACGAAUAGUUUUCAUAUAAUUUUCUAAUUUUUAUACACAAAUGAUAUAUUAAAGUAAAAAUCGGUUUUAAAUAAAAUAUGAUUUAUUCUAAUGUGGAAAACAA